CCAUUUGGUGCGAAACUGGUUUGUUUGGAAAAAAUGGCUGCCGCCAUGAUGGUGCCUCUUUCACAUCUUCUGCAAGUUUAUGUGACGACCUGUUUAAAGUUUAACAGUGACACGCGGUGGACUUCAAUAUGUAUGAUCUACUUAUGCUGCCACAAUGUAAAGGCAACAAUCACUGGGUUUUGCUGGUUGCAAGUGUUAUGUCCAGGACUGUAACCAUUUACAACUCGUUGGGUGGUAACAACAAGGCCUUGUUCGAUUUGUUCUGCCAGUUCAUGUGUCAACGAGCACAAAUUGUGAAAGAUGGCUUGGAAAAAUUCAGUUCAGAGUUCAAAGCGCCACCUUGCAACAAACAGCGCCAUGGAAACAGCUGUGGAGUGUUUGCAUUGAUGACUGCCAAAUGUUUGGUCAUGAAAAAGCAUCCCACAAUGUUGCGACAGGCCCAUGGUUCAGUUUAUCGAGACUAGUCGUGAGAUGCAGACUUCUGAUUCAUGGAGUGCGGCAAACAUAUCUGUGCGACUCGAUCACUCCACUGUAAAGACCCGCACGGCAUUAAAAUGGAUAUUAUCAAUAUGUGUUGGUGCUCGAAAAUAUGUUUUUGUAGCUGGAAGUGCUUUGGGCACGAUUAAUCUGAGAACUCAACAAAAUAUUAAUAAAAUCCUUCUGUGCCUUUUAGUUCUGAAAACAGAAGUAGCCAGUUGGUAUUACACAUCUCCUAAACAAGUACAGCACAAUAAAACUUAAGGUUUUAUAAUCCUAAAUUUUUAUAACAUCUUUAUAUCCACACAAAAAUAUUGAUGAUUGUGGUGCUCAGAUUGCAAAACCACCUGUUUGGCAAAAAUAAUGCAGAUGGUUAGAUUAUGAUAAGUGCAAGAAAAAAAGAAUAACUCUAGAGAUAAUAAUUGAUAUGAUAAUCAUUGCUUGACAGAAUCACAAUUGACCUAGAUAUUUAUUUAUGUA